AUGCAGAUCUCUUGGGCUGUGUGCUCUGUUUGUGUCUUAAUACAAAUUGCAUUUCGAUCUGUGGAAGGGUGGCAAAUGCUUAAAAAUGAUGCUACAGAAAUCAUUCCUGAGAUCACUGAAAAUACAGACACACUGAUGGAGCAGACUUUCAGUGACAACAACACAAUGAACCAGGCAAAGCAUGGAGGAAGACACAUACAAGCUCCAGACCCUAACGAUGCUUCUGAAUUUAGCUGCAGAGAAAUGCGAAUCACCCGCUAUGUCACAGAGGGGCCUUGCCGCAGCAUCAAGCCUGUCAAGGAACUGGUCUGCUCUGGCCAGUGUGUCCCCUCACACCUCCUUCCCAACUCUAUCGGCAGAGGGAAGUGGUGGCGUCAGAACGCCCUGGAUUAUCGCUGCAUCCCUGCUCACACCCGCACGCAGCGCAUCCAGAUGGCUUGUCCUGAGGAAGAGACUCGGACUUACAAAUUCCGAGCUGCCACAUCCUGCAAAUGCAAGCGCUACACUCGCUACCACAACCAGUCUGAGCUGAAGGACUUUGGGAAGGAAACUGUCAGACCUCAGAAGAACAAGAAGCCCCGUCUCUCCAGAGCCAGGAGCAGCAAAUCUAACCAGCAUGAGUUAGAAAAUGCUUAUUAG